AUGCCAAAAGAGGAAGGGAAGCGGCGCGUGACAUGGGAGAAGAACCUGCGCCUGGUGACGCUGCAUAAUCUGGAGCACUCCCUGGGGCUGCACUCCUACGAGCUGGCCAUGAACCACCUGGCAGACAUGACCAGCGAGGAAGUGGCAGCUUUGCUAACGGGGCUGAAAGCUCCCCAUCAGCAAAACCGGACCUCUACGUACCGGCCAAUGCCUGGCAGCAAAGUCCCGGACACCAUGGACUGGCGGGAAAAGGGCUGCGUCACAUCGGUGAAGAACCAGGGCGCCUGCGGGGCGUGCUGGGCCUUCAGUGCCGUGGGAGCCCUGGAAGCCCAGGUGAAGCUGAAGACGGGCAAGCUGGUGUCCCUGAGUGCCCAAAACCUCGUUGACUGCUCCCGGCGUUAUGGGAAUGAAGGCUGUGGUGGCGGAUGGAGAACCAAGGCUUUCCAGUACAUCAUAGACAACCAAGGAAUAGACUCGGACGAUUCCUACCCUUACAGGGCACAGGACGGCGUGUGCCACUACAACCCGGCGGUGCGAGCAGCCUCCUGCUCCAGCUACGUUGAGCUCCCGCAUGGUGACGAAGGCGUGCUGAAGGAUGCCAUCGCCAACGUGGGACCUGUCUCUGUCAGUAUCGAUGGCAGUCAGCCUACGUUCUUCCUAUACAAAGCGGGUAUCUACGAUGAUCCCCGUUGCUCUCAGAUCGGGAACCAUGCGGUGCUUGUUGUCGGCUAUGGCACGUUGGAUGGCAAGGACUACUGGCUCGUGAAAAACAGCUGGGGUGUGCAUUUUGGCGAGCAGGGUUAUAUCCGAAUGUCGAGGAACCGCGGAAACCAGUGUGGAAUCGCCAGCUACGCUUCCUAUCCUCAGAUCUAGGGGGACUUCCUGCUUCAGGAUAAGCUCUUGGGAUUCCCCCGCUCACCUCACUGACCUCAGGCACGUGUGGAUCUACUCCAGCCUUCCGGCCUUAUUUAAGAAUCCAGUUGCAUUUCUAUAGACAAGCAGCAGAAAUUAGGAAUGAUCGCAGUUGGUCUUGUCAAAUAUGACCACUUAAGUCACCCUCCCCAAGAAGAUCCACUAGUAAGGGAUAAUCUGUUGGAAAUUAUUUCAGUUAUUUAGGUGACGGGCUCUCUGAGGUCAUCGCUAACUCUUGCAAUCUCCAGCAGCCACAGCUGCCUUUUAGAAAAUGACUCAACUCCAUCUUAAAAGCUCCUGUGAUACCGCUUUGCCUCCUCCUCCUCCUCUCGAAGAUGGUUUCUUGCAGCCAUUUUAUGUUCAAGGUGCUUUGCAACCCUGAGAAAUGAGCCUUGCUGCCUGGCUCGCCUUCGUGGCAUCCCAGAGGAAGCCCUGGCGCGGCGGCGGGCACGUGAUUUUCCAGCUGCUGCUGGAAACUUUGCUGACAGCAUGUUCAGACUGACUGCAACGUCUGCAAUAUAACGUGCAUUAAAUACGUCUCCCGCUGUCCGUGCAGCUCUGAGGCUGGCCACUGAUACAGCAGGCUCAGCUCCAUGCAGUCAUUAUAUUUAAACUGCGUCUUCCCCUCUGUGCUUCCCCAUGGAAAA